AUGAUGCACAACGACCUCGACUAUGCCGGCCGCCGGGUUCAGCUGGUCGGCUCGCGGAUCGUCGAGCCUGAGCAAUCCGGAGGCCGGCUCCGUGUUUUCCCCAUGCAGCACCAGCACCACCAUCACCACGGCCACGAAGACGCGGAAGAUCCCAGCCUAGAGAAAGGCCCGGCUCACACUCCCAAGUUCGCCAAGACACACAGUGCUUCCAAUUUUGAGCUGUUCUACGACCUGUGGUUCGUCGCCAAUCUAAACGUCUUCACCAGCAUACACCACAUCUCCGACUGGCAUCGGCUAUAUUCUUUCAUCGGGUAUAUGAUUCUCCUGUGGACGACGUGGCUGUUGACGUCCAUCUACGACAUCCGAUUCGCAGCAGACAGCGUGUGGGAGCGCUGCUUCAAGGCCGUGCAUCUGGGCGUGAUGAUCGGGUUCGCCGAGAUCGGGACCAACUUCGACCCGAACGACCAGAUCGCGUCGGUGUUCCGGACCAUGUCGCUGUUCCUCGCCGUGUCGCGGCUCAUGCUCGCCUUCCAGUACGGCAUGGUCCUGUUCCAGAUCCGAAAGUACGCCCAUGGGAAACGCCCGCUGUUUAUCACGGCUUUUAUGCACCUCUGCACGGCCGCGGUGUACUUCGGCAUCUCGUUCAGAUACGACACGGGCAAGAGCAGCCGCGUCUUUCUGAUCUGGUAUCUUGGCGGCCUCGUCGAGUGCAUUGUGCACCUCUCGGUUUCGCAGGUCUCCUAUGUCUUGACGUUCCUGGGGACACAUCUGGGCGAGCGGUUGAACCUCCUGACGCUGGUCAUUCUUGGAGAAGGUUGUAUUAUCUUGGCUAAGAGCGUUACUCUCUUGGUGAAAGACACUUUCCUCAAGGAUGAGACCAAUACUAUGUGGAGCUCUACUCUCAUCGGUCUCGUGACGGCUGGGACUGCGUUGAUAUAUAUUAUCUUCCAGCUCUAUUUCGACUGGAUGCACGGAGAAUCCUCAAUGUCUAAACAGCACCAAAUUUGGUGGGCGGUAUUGCAUCUGCCCUUCCACAUCGCGCUCGUCCUCCUCUUAGAAGGCGCCAGCCAGUUCAUCAUCUGGGCCCGCAUCCUCGAAUCCACCAGCGCCGCCAUCGCGAAAGUCGUCGCCGUGCAGGAGAAGCUCUCAUCCCAGAUCGACAUCACCUCGGAGGAGCUGUCCGACAAGCUCAAAGAAGUUGUCCAGGCCUUCCUGGAGAAGUACCAACCCGCCGAAGUCAUCGAGACCUGGAAGUCCAUAAAGGAUCUCCUGGCGGACAUUUCCGAAAUCCCCGACUCGUUCUGGAAGAACCCGUCCGCGGAUCCGGAUACGCUGCACCACUAUGAAAACGACCUGGCCGAGAUCAUGAACACGAUGGUCAAUGCGGUGUAUACGGCUUUUGGGAUCGAGGCGCCGGGGGAGGAAAAUGGCGAUGUGAAUAAGUCGGAGUAUUGGCAGUCGGAGGCGGUUAUAGCCAUUGCUAAGAGAUUCAUCCUCGUGUACAUCUACGCCUUCGCAUGCGCCGGCGUAGUCCUGCUCUUCUUGACAGUGAUCCACAUCAUCUCGAAGCGACGGGGCUGGACGCCCUUCAACAUCUGGCGCACAGCGAUCUGCAUCGCCCUGUCGAUCUGCCUGGCGCUGCUCACAGCCGUCGCCUCCAACACGGAGGCGGUGCUGAGCAAAGAGCGGCAGACCAUGUUCGUCGGCAGCGUCAUGAUGCUGCCGACCAUCACCAUCGUCUACUUCCUCGUCCUCGUGCUCACGCACCUGCCGCACCCGUCCAGCUUCUGCAUGGGCAGCUUCAAGCGAGGCGCGUACAGCGAGGUCGAGGCCAAUAAGGACCAUUCGCUGAGGCUCAUGUCGAACAAGAACCGCCAUAUUGCGGAUUUCGAGAACAGGCGCACGGGCUACGAGACGGGCUACGGGGGUGCGGGGUCCCCGCCUCCGCUGCCGCCGAGGUACGAGAGGCACGAGUCUAUGCAUGAGUCGAGGGGAAGGGAGAGCUCGAGGCAUGACCAUCAUUCGCGGGAUCGGACGCCGAGGCACCACUAG